GCGACAGAUGAUCCAUGAGGCUUGGGCGUCCCUAUCAGUUGACUUGAGUAUUCGGAAAAUUCGAGCUCAAUUUGACUCAAUUUCACCGCCAUCGCAAGGCGAGGAGUUUUGUAAUGCCAGUCGAUGACCAAACCAUUUGAAAGUGGGCCAACGACAUUUCCAUCUUCCCGGCGGAGUCCUCCAUGCAACCACAAUAACGUCCCCCUCUCUUCAUCUAAUAAUCUCUCCCUCCCUCCCUCCCCCGUCUCCUCGCAUUCCGUCAUAUCUCCCAGCCUCUCAACUCCGCGAUCGAAUCGUCCUCCGAUCCCCAAAAGAAUGCUGCCCCAAUCCCUCUCCAAGCCUCCCGCCUCCGUCCCUCCCCGCGAUGCCGCCCCUCCGAUCCCCGCGCCGCCCGCCCCUCGCUCAGAGUCCGGUGCGGCGACCCCCGCCUCGACGCCCGGCCUCCCUCCAAGCUCGCCGCAGACCUCCCGCCGCCGCCGCCGCCGGCGAUGAAGCUGAUGGAGUCGGAGGCCUCCGCGAAGGCCGGCCCAUACCCCGGGGGCAAGAUGGGGCCGUACACCGGCCGCGACCCCAGCGUGAAGAAGCCCGAGUGGCUGCGGCAGAGGGCUCCCCAGGGCGAGCGGUUCGAGGAGGUCAAGGGCUCGCUGUCGCGGCUCAAUCUGAACACCGUUUGCGAGGAGGCUCAGUGCCCUAACAUCGGGGAGUGUUGGAAUGGAGGAGGAGACGGUAUUGCCACUGCCACGAUCAUGCUUCUUGGGGAUACUUGCACCCGCGGCUGUCGGUUUUGUGCCGUCAAGACCAGCCGGAACCCUGCGCCUCCUGAUCCAAUGGAACCCGAGAAUACUGCACAGGCUAUUGCAAGUUGGGGAGUGGAUUACAUAGUCCUAACGAGUGUUGAUCGUGAUGAUAUACCUGAUGGCGGAAGUGGUCAUUUUGCUCAGACUGUCAAGGCCAUGAAGAAGCUCAAGCCAGAGAUCAUGGUGGAGUGUUUGACAUCUGAUUUUCGGGGUGACUUAACUGCUGUAGAGACUCUUGUUCACUCUGGAUUGGAUGUUUUUGCUCACAAUAUUGAAACUGUAAAGCGGCUUCAGCGCAUUGUCAGAGACCCUCGUGCUGGGUAUGAGCAAAGCCUAUCAGUCCUAAACCAUGCAAAAUUGAGCAAGGAAGGAAUGAUAACAAAAUCUUCUAUAAUGUUGGGCCUUGGAGAAUCUGAUGAUGAAUUGAGGGAAGCCAUGGCUGACUUGAGGGCAAUCGAUGUUGAUAUCUUGACACUUGGACAAUAUUUGCAGCCUACUCCACUCCACCUGACAGUAAAAGAGUAUGUAACCCCAGAGAAGUUUGCUUUCUGGAAGGAAUAUGGGGAGUCCAUAGGAUUCCGAUAUGUAGCCAGUGGUCCACUGGUCCGAUCCUCCUAUAGGGCUGGGGAGCUCUUUGUGAAGACAAUGGUGAGAGAGAUCCAAGGCUAAUGACGAUGCUGGCUUGUAGUGGUGAAAUUAUUUGCAGUAUCUGUAGACUCAGAUAAUGAAUUACCGAAGCAAUGAGCAACUACUGAAGGAACAGAUCUGUGCAAUCAGUUUCAAGAAGAUCCAUGAAUCAGGAGAUAUUGAUUGAAGACCUGGUAGGACCGCAGACUUCUUUUUCGCGGUUCCAGUGAAUAUUAAGGUUAUGGGGAUUUCAAAGUCAGUACCUGAUCUAUUUCAGUGAGGUUAUUUAUUUGUUUUUUUUCCCAUGCAUUAUGCUUGCAUUUAAAAGGGCAAGCUGUCUUGACUAAGAAUCAAUUUUCUAUCUAUUUGAUUUUAUGUAUGGAUUCUGGUUUGAAAUUCAAUGGUAUUGAACGCAACAGAAGUUUAGGUCCUUUCGUUCA